AUCUGCAGUCCUCCUUCUGUGCAAAGAUUUAUUUACUUUAUGUUUACUGUGUUUACUUGAAGCUAAUAUGAAUCUUGAGCCAUGCAAAUUAAUGAAAUCAAGUUGAUAUCUUUCAAAGUUAGUGUAUUUUUAGUCCAAAAUUCCCACUUUUUGUCAUGAUCCUUUCACUGUAGCCUCAUGUUAUUGUCAGAUAAACUUGUGAAAAGACUGUGGAUUUUGUCUCACAUCACUUACAUUGUAAGCACAUUUGGAGGAGAUCUUCUAAUGGUCAGUAUGAACAGGAGGAAUCAUUAUAACAAGCAAAAUCUAAUUCAAUGUUCAUGUGGAUGACUGUUGUUUCAAGACAGAGUUGAACAACUGUGAACUUAUUAUUUGAGUCAAAGUAUUCCCAUGCUGGAAUAUUACAUGGCCCCACGUUUACUGUGUUGUAAACUGAUUAAACACAAAUUAAUAGAAAGGAAUAUGAGCAUUUCAGUUCAAUGUCACAGAUUUCAACAUAUGGACCCUCUUCUAGACAUUUAAUAUUGUGUUUUCUUAAUGCGUAUUCCUGUAUACAUGUACAAUCAAUCAUAUAAUACACAGCAAACUGUAACAUCAAUUCAAUCAAUCUUGUUUGGCAACUUUUUCAAUGACAGAGACAUGAGGACAACAACUCAGAAAAAGUUGCUCAGCUGGUUCAUCUUGCUGUAAGUCAUUGACACAAGGAAGCUAUUAGUUUGCUGAAUCAGUGAGGUGUUUCCGUGUUAAUAUUGUUUUACCACAUAAACUCAGCUGUUGUCGGGAAUUAGGUGGUUUCAACAAUGAAAGCGGCACAAAUAUGUUUGUUGUUACAUGUUUUUUUGACGACCAGUGUUCUGGUAAACACAUUUGACUUUUUUGGUAGAUUCACUGAAAAUCUGCAACAGUUCUUUAAACCACAAGAAAGUUGUGAUUCUAACUGGAUAUCCUUCAGCGCAACAGGUCUCCGGGCUGACCUGGAAAGCAAACUGUUCGGACAGCACAUUGCAUCACGCAUCAUCCUGAAAGCUGUGAAUAGAUUCAUGAACAACGACAACCCGGAGAAGCCCCUGGUGCUCUCUCUGCACGGACAGUCAGGCACAGGAAAGAGCUUUGUCAGUAAGCUCAUAGCUAAAAACAUUUAUAAGAAGGGAAUGGAGAGCAGCUUUGUCCAUCUUUUCAUAUCUACACAUCACUUCCCACAUAAAAGUCUAAUUGAUAACUACAAGUCUCAGUUAAAACAGUGGAUCGAAGGCUAUGUAACCAACUGUGCACGAUCCAUGUUCAUAUUUGAUGAGGUGGACAAGAUGCAUCCCGGCUUGGUUGACAGCAUUAAGUCCUACCUGGACUACUACGACAAAGUAGACGGAGUUUCUUAUCGGAAAGCCAUCUUCAUCUUCCUCAGUAAUGCUGGAGGGGAGAGCAUCACACAGACAGCUUUAACAUUCUGGAGAGAAGGAAAAGAUCGAGAAGAGAUUGAGCUCAAAGACUUGGAAACAUCGCUCUCUGUAUCAGCAUUUAACAUUCAGAGUGGCUUGUGGCAUUCAAGCUUGAUUGAGCAGAACAUGGUGGACUUCUUCAUCCCGUUUCUGCCUCUGGAGUACCAACACAUCGUUCAAUGUGUCAUGGCUGAGAGGAAAGCCAGAGGACUGGAGCCAGACCAGAAUGAGGCAGACAAGCUGGCCAGAGAUUUGGAAUAUUUCCCCAAAUUUGAGAGAGUGUUCUCUGUCAGAGGCUGCAAGACAAUAGCGAGUAGGCUGGACUAGAAUUGCUAAGCAUCGCUAUGUGUUUCAAAUAAUUUGAUACAGUCAAAACAUCUCCUGGGCAACUACUGGUAUUGCACUUGUAUGGCUGAAUUAAAUCGAAGACUGAGAUGAAACAGUUAGUCAGAUUAUAAGUGGUCUUACUGCUUUCAUUAUUGUUAUUUUGUUCAAUACAGUCUAUAUUAUUAAAACAGAUCCACAGCUCUGUUUUGAGAU